CCCAACAUCGUCACCACCAUGACCCCGCCGGGGACCCCCCCCGUGCGCCGCAGGAACAAACUGAAGCCCCCCGGGACUCCCCCGCCCUCCUCGAGGAAGCUGAUCCACCUCAUCCCGGGAUUCACGGCGCUUCACCGGAGCAAAUCCCACGAGUUCCAGCUGGGACACCGCGUGGAUGAGGCGCACACCCCCAAGGUCAAGAAGAAGAACAAGCCCCUGAACCUGAAGAUCCACAACAGUGUGGGGAGCUGCGAGAACAUCCCGGCCCAGCGCUCCCCUCUCCUCUCCGAGCGCUCCCUGCGCUCCUUCUUCGUGGGGUACCCACCCUUCCUGCCCUCCACCCCGCCCGUCCACACCGAAGCCACCUUCUCAGCAAGUGAGUCCCCGUGGCCCCCUCGGAUCCCUCUUCCAAGGGCUGGGAGAUGCCAAGUGGAGGAUGGGACUGGGGAGUUUUGGAGUCCAUGGUUUGGAGGAUGUUGGUUGAGCAUUGUGGAGGUGCCUCAUGUUGGUUUUUAGAGAUCUGUUGGUGCU